AUGGCUGACGACGAGGCGCGUGCCAAGGCUGAGAAGCUGGCCGCGGCCAAGAAGAGGGUUGCAGCCCUCCAGAAACAGAAGAAGAAGGCCAAUAAGAAGACUGCUGGUGCAGAGGCACCUAAGGAUGCUGAACCGACGGAAGAUAUCAGCACAACAGCAGCAGAAACAGAAACAGAACCCCUCGCAGAAACGGAACAGAAGCCGCACGAUGAGCAGGCCGCAGACGCGACGAUCCCCGAGCACCCAGAAGAUGGAGAAGCUAUACAGGAUACUCCUGAGCCGUCCACCGUGGAACCCAUGCCCCCAGCUCCGACCUCUCCUGACCCCGAGGCUGAACCGCUAGCCGCACGACUUGAUACACCACGUGCAGGCCACGGCCGACAACCGUCGCUAUCAAUACAGUCAAAGAUGCGUUCAUCGUCAUUUCGCAAGUCCUCCGUCUCACAAGGGACCUCUUCUCCGUCCCCCUCUUCAACGCUCAAGUCUCCCUCUCAGACACUACCGCCUCUGACCGGCGACUCCGCACAUGAAGUGUUCCGCAAACAAUCUACUCGGAUCGAGGAGCUGGAGAAGGAUAAUAAGCGUCUAGAAAAAGAUUUUUCGGAUGCUCUGUCGCGUUGGCGGAAGACGGAGGAUCAGCUUGAGGACUUGAGGGAGGCUAGUGUUGAUGAUGCGGAGCUACGGGAGAAAUUGAAGAAAGCCGAAGAUAAGGCUGCAGAGAUUGAGUCUUUGAAAGCUGAGAUUGCUUCACUGCAGCGGCAGAACUCUCAGCUUCAGACGCGGUCACACCGGAACAAUGCCAGCGUUGCUGUGCCCGGGACAUCAGAGUCGCCGCCAGCAGAUCUGGUCCGUCAGCUGGAAUCCAAGUCAGCUACCAUUGAAGCUAUGGAACUGGAGAUUUCGAACCUGCGGGCACAACUCACGUCGCAGUCGUCCUCCAACAGUGUACACGAGACUCAACUGGCCGCGCUGGAGGACAAAGCUUCCCAGGGACAAGCGGCGCUCGAACGCUCCCAGCGUGAGCUAGCCGACACCAAGGCAGCGCUCACUCGCGCAUCCGAAAAAGCCGUCAAGGAAGGCGUCGACAAGACCUCUACCGAAACGCUGAUCAAGACGUUGCAGCGCGAAAUCGAGGAACUCAAGAACGAAAAAGACGAGGCAGACAAGAAAAUCGACACCCUCGAUAAAAAGCUGCAAGCGCUCGGCAACCUGCACAAGGAAUCUGAGACUCGACACCAAGCGCGGCUCCGCGAGAGCGAAAAAUCAGACAAAGAAACCGCCAUCAUGCGCAAGAAACUCGCCAGCAUCGAGAACGAGAACCUCCGCCUGCGCGAAGAGCGAGAUCGGAUCCGAAAACGUGAUGCCACCGGCGCAGAUGAUGAGGCCCUCGACGAGCUCGAAGACGAGGAACGCCAGCGCCUUGAACGCCGCAUCCGCGAGCUGGAAGGCGAGGUCUUUGACCUCCGCCGCGGCGUCUGGCAAGAGAAGCGGCAUGAGUUAGCCACUCACGCAGACUACGCAGAUGAGGGACCUGACUCCGCCGGCCCCGUCGAUGCAGGCGCCAACGCCUUCGACGACGUCGAUCUCGUCGGCGGUCGCCCGGACCAUGCUCGCCGCCGAAGCAUGGCUAUGCAGCAACAGCAAUGGAACCAGCAACAACACUCCUCUUUCUCCACUGUGCUCUCUAGCGGCUUCGCUGCCUUCACGGGGGGAUCUAAUAAUAGCAACCGUGCCCGUGCAUCUUCGUCCAACCCGCCUUAUCCGCAGGGUAUGCGCGGGAGCCUUGAGCUCCUCUCCGAGGAGAAUUUCGAGGAUGAAUUCGACGAAGCGGCUUUUGCGCGCGCGCAGGCUGAGGAGGAGGCCCGUAAACGGGUUGAGUGGAUGCGCGAGCUGAAGAAGAAGCUACGCGAUUGGAAUGGCUGGCGCUUGGAUCUGGUUGAUAGCCGCGCUGGCGCGGAGGGUGCUGGCGUGGGGAUGGGCGAGAUCUUCCAAGUUUGA